AGAGCUUCAGUCACGGUCUUUCGGACGUGAGUGAUGUGAAAUGAACGGUCCGAGGUUUAAGACGAUCCCGAUUUGGAGUGAAGACGCGGAAAAUAGCAUUCCUGCUCGGAUAUGUCUACGAUGAUUGGACAGUCUGCUCUUUAAAAGUCAUAUUUCACACGAUUUUCAGUGAUGUGCGUGCUAAUAGUGAAGAACCCCUCUCAAGAAGACCGAAAAAUAUGUUUAUCAGUGCUAGACAAGUGUGCGAGCCUUAUAUAAAUCCGGAUUUUAAACAAUGCGGCAAGAGACAUAGGUGGAACAUUCCGUUUUCCAAAUCAAGCACAACGUCACACGAACCUUUAACACCAAGGACAUAUUAAAUCUAUAACCUUGAAAUAGGUAUACCCAAAAAAGAAGAUCGACUUUUUAAGAAUUAUGGGACGAGAAUGCUCAGGGUGAACGAUGCAAUGGUUUCCGCCGGUUUUCCAUUUGGCCCGCCUUGGAGUUCUCCUUCACCUACCGUGCGUCUUCAGCGGCGGAAUUUUGUACCCUCGCGAAUCGCCGACGCGCGAAGUCAAAUCCUUGGAUGGCAUCUGGAACUUCAAACUCUCUAAGCCUGAUCAUUUCUCCGGCUUCCAUGAGAGAUGGUACCACACCGAUCUAGCCAAGACGGGUGGAGCGAUUCCGAUGCCUGUGCCGAGUAGUUACAAUGACAUCACGACCGAUAGCGAGAUCCACGACCACGUGGGGCUCGUCUGGUACGACCGCACUUUCUUCGUUCCUGACCGUUGGAGACUCGCCAACAACCGCGUCUGGCUCCGUUUCGGAGGCGUCCACUACGCUUGUCAAGUGUGGAUAAAUGGACACUCUGUAAUGAGCCACGAGAUUGGGCACCUCCCUUUCCAACAUGAGGUCACUUCUUUGCUAGCUUACGGAACUAAGAACAGAAUUACAGUGGUUGUUGAUAACACUCUGCUUUUGAACACGAUCCCUCAGGGACAAGUUGAGCCUAUUGACACACCAGAGGGUAAAAAACAACAGCAAACGUACACUUUUGACUUCUUCAAUUAUGCAGGAAUCCAAAGGCCUGUCUUCCUAUACACGACUCCUGCAAUAUACAUUGAAGAUAUAUCCAUAUUAACAGACAUAGCUGAUGACGGAACUACAGGAAUAAUUAAGUAUAAUGUUAGCAUAGGAGGACUGCCAGAAUACGCUGGCUCUUCGAUAAAAGUUUAUGCGGAUCUGAUCACCCAGGAGGGCACCUACGCAAGUCGAAGCAAUCCCUCGAUUUACAGCUCCACUUCAACAGUGGCUCAUGGUGUUUUAAAAAUUAAAAACGCAAAACUGUGGUGGCCCUACUUGAUGCACCCGUCUCCAGGCUACUUGUACUCCAUUGAGUUCCGUGUCAUUAACUCCGAUUCAAUGAACCCUGUUGAGGAUAUUUAUGUGCUACCUGUCGGAAUCCGCUCUUUAUCUUGGAGCAAUACAACUUUUAUGAUCAAUAACAAACCUAUCUACAUGCGAGGCUUUGGGCGGCAUGAGGAUUCAGCGAUUCGAGGAAAAGGUGUUGACUUGCCAUUAAUCACGAGAGACUACAAUUUGAUAAAAUGGAUAGGAGCAAAUUCUUAUCGUACAUCUCACUACCCUUAUGCAGAGGAAAUCAUGGAUUUUGCAGAUCAGCAAGGGAUCAUGAUUAUCGAUGAAUGUCCUGCCGUUGACACAAAUUUCUUCUCGGAUGUUUUACUGACGAAACACAAGGAGUCGCUCAGAGAACUUAUCCAAAGAGAUAAAAAUAGACCAAGUGUAAUAAUGUGGUCAGUAACGAAUGAACCCCAAAGCAGCGAUCAAAAAGCCGACGCUUAUUUCAGAAAUGUCACAAAAUUUGUGAGAGAAACAGAUCAAACACGGCCUAUAACAGCUGCUAUAGCACAGAGUUGGCAGACUGACAAUCUGGCCCAACACUUGGACAUCAUUGGAUUCAACAGAUACAUUGGAUGGUACUCUAAUACUGGUCAACUCUAUGAAAUUAAAAAGAAAAUAAUUACAGAGGCUCAAAACUGGCACAGAAAGCACAACAAACCAGUUUAUAUGACAGAGUACGGAGCUGACAGUGUUGGAGGGAUUCACACGUUGCCAGUCCAUGUGUGGUCCGAACGAUACCAAACUGAGCUGAUAGCAGAGUAUUUCAAAGCGUUUGACCAUCUUAGGAACUCCUCCUUUUACGUAGGAGAGAUGAUAUGGAAUUUUGCGGACUUUGAGACAGAACAAAGUGUCAGAAGGGUGAGUGGGAAUAAGAAAGGACUGUUUACAAGAGACAGACAGCCGAAAGAAGCAGCUUAUCUAGUCAGAAAGCGAUAUUUUGAACUGGCAGCCGAGCUUGAUGGAGCUGGUUUGCCUCGAGAUUUAGAAGUGUACACUAUUUCGAAACCUUCCCCUCUGAAUACUAACAGAAUUGAGUUAUAGGGGAAAGCCAUUGUAAAUAGAUGUAAUUUAUCUUGUUCAUAAUUCUGUCUCAUGUGAUUCUAAAUUUAAGAUAAAAGAAAUAAAGAGUCUAUCUUGAUGAUAGAUCAACCAAAUCUGAA